AUUCUUUGCAUUAACACGGCUGGCUCCCGCACUCUGCAAAACAAAGAGGAAUUCUCAGCAGACUCUCUGAGAUGCAUACGGGGAAGGACUGAGCGUGAGACAGGCAGACACGAUUAGGCCAAAUUGUGAAAGAAGAGUGGCUGACGUGACAUGGCCAGUACAGCAAGUAGACUGUGCACAAGUUUCUUUUGGCAGUAGAGAUCCUUCAUCACUAAGACCAGGACUCAUUAACCUACCGAAGGUGACUGGAAUCUUUUUACAAAUCCAAAGAACAACAUGGCUGACCACAAAAUCAGCCUCCCUGCUAAGCUGAUUGACGGUGGUAUCGCAGGUCUGGUGGGGGUGACGUGUGUGUUUCCCAUCGACCUGGCAAAAACACGGCUACAGAACCAGCAGGGCCAGCGCCUCUACACAGGAAUGUUAGACUGCUUGGUCAAAACAGUUCGACAGGAAGGCUAUUUUGGAAUGUAUAGAGGUGCAGCAGUGAAUCUCACUUUAGUGACUCCAGAAAAGGCGAUCAAACUGGCAGCAAAUGAUUUUUUCCGAAACCUGCUGUCUAAUGACGGAAAAAAACUUACUCUUUUUAAAGAGAUGUUAGCAGGGUGUGGAGCUGGGACCUGCCAAGUCAUUAUUACCACACCCAUGGAAAUGCUCAAAAUCCAGCUCCAGGAUGCAGGUAGACUAGCUGCCCAGAAGACUGUGUCUGCAGCCGGUGGCUCUCCUCCUCCCCAGGCCCGAUCAUUCUCCACCAGCACAGCAGCCGCCCGCAGGCGCCCUUCCGCCACUAUGCUGGCCAGGGAGCUCCUGAAAACCAAAGGGAUCAGCGGGCUCUACAGAGGAAUCGGCGCCACGCUGGUCAGGGAUGUGCCGUUCUCCAUGAUCUACUUCCCCCUGUUUGCCAACCUCAACAAGCUGGGGCCGAGAAGCCCUGGGGAGACGGCCCCCUUCUAUCACUCCUUCAUAGCGGGCUGUGGAGCCGGUGCUGUGGCAGCCGUGGCUGUGACCCCUCUUGAUGUCAUUAAGACUCGUUUACAAACCCUCCGAAAAGGCGUGGGAGAGGACACAUACAGAGGAACUGUGGACUGCGCGAGGAGAAUCUGGCAGCGAGAAGGGUACUCUGCUUUCCUGAAAGGAGCUGGUUGUCGCGCACUGGUCAUCGCACCUCUGUUUGGGAUUGCCCAGGUGGUCUACUUCUUUGGUAUCGGGGAAUAUCUCCUGGCCAAUCUUGGUUAGAUACCUCCCUGAAUGAAAUCCUGGCUCAGAUCGGAUCCUUUCAGAGCUUUUGUAUGGUGCUACCAAAGAUGCUGAACACUUCACUAGAAAGAAUCUGCACAUCAACAGCUUUGCUACUUCCAGAGCUUACAAAAUCCCCCUGUAUUUCAUUGUUAAACUAUUACUUGGAAGAUACUGGUCUAUAUUACAAGAAACCUUUGUUAUAAUAAGUCUCAAUAUAGGAUAUUUUUGUAAACACCAAUGUGUAAGCUCUCUAUGCUUUGACAAUAAUUCCAUACUGCCAAGUAAUGCUUUAAUAAAGUAUUAUAGUGUAACCUUAUCACUGAUCCCCUUACUGUUGUCUGCAACAUCCAUUCAGUGCUUGUUUGUUUUUUACUUUUUCAAUAAGCAGAUUUUUCAAUUCCCACAUUGUGGCCUAAAACAAGCAAAGAUCUUCAGUACAAGAGCGAGGGGAUCAGUGAUUAAGUAGCUAAUCUGUUUCCUACUCUUAGCACACUCUGGUGUACCUGAUAUUCUUAAGAGACAUGAUUCCGAGAGCUCUAUUUAGACCACUAAUGACUGCACAGACAUGAUACAAAGGGAAUCUAUGUAACAAGAAUAUAUUUGUUAAGGUGCCUAAUAUAUUUCAAAAUCUGAAUGAGCUUUCAGUUAGUACAAAAUUUAAGUUUUAACAUAAAAAAAAAACUAAAUACAGGUAUGUUAACUACAUGUAACUAUACUGUAGCUAUCAUCUACUACAAUAAAUCAGCAAACUGACAUUGACAUUAACAACAUGUAUUUAACAAAAUUAUUUUUCUGAUAAUAUCAUUGCAUGUAUACAGUGCCUAUAGAAAGUCUACAC